AUGAGAAGCCAUGUGUUCAAGUCCGAAUCGUCUCAGUCGUACUUGAUCAAAAUCUAUGUCGGUGGCGUUAAUGCGAUAUCGGACGAGCCGGCUGUCGAGACUGCUGCGACACAGCUUCAGCGUCAGACCAAGCUUGCGAAUACCGAAGUCAAGAACACACCAGAAGUCACUGGUGGUCUUCAAUUCGAGGUCACGCCGUUCGAUCCGCGCUUGCUAUCUCGAAUUAUCAUCAAGCCCUUGACUGAUGGUUACAUGCUACACGAGUAUGGUAUAAAACAUAACUUCAUAGAACAUGUGGUCCUGAGACUGUGCGGCGGCGGUGGGCCUCGCGCAGAAGUGAUGGCGCGCAAUCAACGGGCUAGAGAAACAGAAGAGGCGAAGACCAAAUCGGAGAUGGGCAUCGCACCAGGCGGCAACAUCAAAUAA